AUCUGGCAGAAUGUGAAGCAGGCUGGACCAAAUUCCAAGGCAACUGUUACAAGCACUUUGAAGAAAAGCACACGUGGGUGGAUGCUGAGAACCUCUGCCGAGAGCAUCAGUCUCACCUGAGCAGUAUCAUCACUCCUGAAGAGCAGGAGUUUGUGAACAGUAAGUGUGGUGAUUUGAGGAAUAUGCAGGGCCAGAGAUCCAGGUUGCACUUUCCAAACAGGUGGCAUUGGCUGAUCAAGAAACUACAAAUUCCUAUUGAGUUUAGAAGUAGAAUCAAAACGCUGCAAUUUGCAGUCAUUCCAGAUUGGUUGUGGGGGAGUUGUGGGGAGGUGGUGUAGUCAAUUAAUGCAUUAGUGGUAGAAUUAUACUGGGCCACUCAUCCAUCAUUCCGUUUUAUUUGUCGUUUUAUGAUGCUUCCCCAGUGUUGUCAUAUUAUUGCGGGUGGUGCUGUGGUCUAGACCACUGAGUCUCUUGGGCUGGCUGAUCAGAAGGUCAGCAGGUUCAAAUCCCCGCAACGGGGUGAGCUCCCAUUGCUCUGUCCCAGCUCCUGCCAACCUAGCAGUUUGAAAGCACGCCAAUGCAAGUAGAUAAAUAGGUACCACUGUGGCAGGAAGGUAAACGAUGUUUCCGUGCGCUCUGGUUUCCGUCACGGCAUUCUGUUGUGCCAGAGGCGGUUUAGUCCUGCUGGCCACAUGAGCCAGAAAGCUGUCUGUGGACAAACGCCGGCUCCCUCGGCCUGAAAGCAAGAUGAGCGCCACAACCCCAUAGUCGCCUUUGGCUGGACUUAACUGUCCAGGGGUCCUUUACCUUUUUACCUUACCUGUCUGGAAGAGCACCCAGGCGCAACAAAAGGGGAAAAGGAAAGAGUGGAACAUUUGUGGUGUGAAAAUUUGCAGGAUUUCAGCAGGAAGUUACAGGCUAACUUUCUAAUCUUUAUGCUCUCUCUCUCUCUCCUUUCUAGACAACGCUCAAGACUACCAGUGGAUUGGCCUUAGUGACAGAGCAGUUGAGGAUGACUUCCGCUGGUCUGAUGGACACUCCCUUGUGAGUUACAUUUCAGAAGGACAUGGUUUUCAGUGAAUGAUCCUGGGCUGCUGGGAAACAUUUCAGCAUAAGAGCUUCCUUCCUCACAAGGAAAUACAAUUCUGGGCUUGAUUUAUUUUUGCCCCUCGUGCCCAAGAAUGAAAGGGGCUUCUGUGUUUUGUGGGAAAGGACAAGAGACAGAGGCAACAUUAUCACAACACAUUUAAAGCACUGUGAUACCACUUUAAACAGUCGUGGCUUCCCCAACUGGAAAUUGUAGUUUAAGGGAUGCUGACAGUUGUUAGGAGACCUCUAUUCUCCUCGCUGAGCUCCAAUUCCCAGAGUUCUCUGCAAAGAAGGAUUGGUUGUUUAACCUCUGGGAGCUUUGUGAGGGUAAUAGGGGGUCUCCUAACUACUCUCAACACCCUUAACAAACUACAGCUCCCAGAAUUCUUUGGGGAAAGUCCUGACUGUUUGAAGUGGUAUCAUAGUGCUUUAGAUACAUGGUGUGCUUGUGACCAGAGUUAGGGCUGGCUGCAGGUUUGAUUGGGGCUUUGACCACUUGCCCUUCAGAGCUGCCAAGUGUCCUAUAAGGAGUUGGGCAUAUACAGGUACCUGCAUGGCAUUCGAAUAUUUUCGCUGGCAAUAAGCCAGGCAUAGGCAACCUUGGCCCUCCAGAUGUUUGGGGCCUACAAUUCCCAUCAUCCCUGACCACUGGUCCUGUUAGCUAGGGAUCAUGGGAGUUGUAGUCCCAAAACAUCUGAAGAGCCAAGGUUGCCUAUGCCUGCAAUAAGUGGUAGUGGCUGGUGCUCAUUGUGACUGGUAGGGUGGAAGGCAGGGAGGCCACCAGUAGGUGGAGCUAGAGCCAACAAGAAGCAGCGCUAGAGACAAUAGAAGGUGGAGCAACUAAUCCUCAUUUUGUUCCCUUCCCUUCUACAAGGAGCAACAUCAAAACUAAGGGUAAGGAACCUGGCAGGCAGUGCCAGCCUCUGGAAUGGUAAUAAGAAGGCAGGCAGGUGGGGCUGGCUAAAGCCAGACAGAGGUUGGUGUAACAAUGCCCCAUUUGCCCGGCUGGGCCAGAUUCCACUGCCUGCAGAGCAAAUAACAAUAAGCCCCUCACUUUUCAGGAUUAUGGUCCCACCCUCACUUGCGGGACCCUGCAAAAACAAAACAAAAACCCACAGGUGAUCUGAUGGCCAUUUUCUCCACCAUUGGGUCUUAUUAGACCCUAAGGAAAAGCCUCCCCAACUGUCUUCUCUGUCUAAGUUCCAAUACCAGCUUCGUUCUCAUCUCUCCUAGCAAUAUGAGAACUGGCGGCCCAACCAACCUGAUAAUUUCUUUGCCAAAGGAGAAGAUUGUGUCGUAAUGAUCUGGCAUGAGAAGGGAGAGUGGAACGACGUCCCCUGCAACUACCACCUCCCAUUCACGUGCAAGAAAGGAACAGGUAAGGCUGGAUUCCUGGCAGCAAGAGGUCUAUGGGACAAGGAAGGAUGAGAUAGCAAUCCUUCCCAAGGGCACUCGUGCAGGUGUGGGGAAAUCUUUGGCCGUCCAGAGGUUGCUGAAGUACAAUUUCCAACAGUUCCCCAGCAAACAUGGCCAAUGACCAAGGGUGAUGGGAGUUGUAAUUCCACAAUAUCUAGGGAGCCAAAGGUUCGCCGCACCUGCUGUCAUGUGUGUGACUUGGGAGAUCUGCAAGUCUGCCGUGUGAAAAAAAUUCAGUAAUUAAAUCGGGUAUGGGAAAUGUGUUUCCAACCCCAGUUGCAAAUUGAUUUCAUUUUCCACCAGCCCCUUUGAAACAGUUUGAAGGCUAAUGUCCGGGGAGGGGCAUCAGUCUAGCAACAUCAGCCACAUGUUCCCCUUUCCUGAAUUACCGUAUUUUUCGCUCUAUUAGACGCACCAGACCAUAAGACGCACCUAGUUUUAAGGGGAGGAAAACAAGAAAUAAAAAAGCAACGCAAAGCAUCCUGAGCAUCUCCCGCAUAAGCCAGGGAUAGCCGUGCGAAGCCUCCACAGGGCAGCAGGAUCAAGGCUCCUCACUGCCCUGCGGAGGCUUCCUGCAGCUAAGCCAGAAGCUAGAACAGCUAGAGGGAGUACUGCGCUGCGCUCCCUGUAGCUGUUCUGGAUUUUGGAUAGCCCCAUGAAGCCUCCGCAGGGCACGGGGAUGAAGGCUCCCCAUGCCCUGCAGAGGCUUCCCGCGGCUAAGCCAGAAGCCAGGACAGCCAGUGAGAUCGCAGCGCAGCGAUCCUGCUCGCUGUCCUGGCUUCUUGUUUGGCCGUGCACAGCCUCUCCCGGGCAAGGGAAGCCUUCAUUCCCUGUCCAUGAGAGGCUGCGCGCAGCUAAGGCUCCCCCAAGAGCAGCGCUCCCUUUAAAGAGCGUGCGGAGUGUGUGUGCAGCUCUUUAAAGGGAGUGCAGAGCAGAACCUCCCGUCUGCAUUUGUUCCAUAAGAUGCACACACAUUUCCCCUUACUUUUUAGGAGGGGAAAGGUGCGUCUUAUAGAGCGAAAAAUGCGGUAAAUUUUCCUCAUAGGGUCAGUGACUCACACAGAGAUGCAACAAGCGAAGUUGGAGGGCAGGAAACGUAUUGUGCGAUUGGACCAUUCAGUCCCUCAAAUGGCAGAAAUCUGCCAGGGCUUUCUUUUCUCGGAUAAAGCUGCUCUAGGUGGAAGUGACCUACUCAGAGUUAAAAGCAUGCUUUGUGUUGGAGAACUGCGUUGCAAAAUUCAUAGGAGUGUGAAUUUCAAAGGUCCGCUGAGUUCCACUAUGCACGUUGUUUCAGGAAGUGAAAAUUAAGUAGUUCACCUUUAAAUGUGGCCUGAAUCAGAUUCCCACCCACCCCUACUUCUCUAGAUGCUAGUUAACCAGUUGUUUAUAGCUCUAAUCCUGGCUGCCACAUUUAACAAAAAAGAUGGCCAUCUGCAGCCACUGAGCCUGGCUCAUGGACCAGGCAACAGAACGCUCUUAGCAACCUUGGCGUCUAAAGGUCUCAUAGACCAAACAGCAGACAAAGGCUUUAGUAUGGAAUCCCCCUUCCUGCAUGGAACCAAAAGUCAGAGCAAGGAUAAAUUUUCAGAGAAUUCGCUCCUGAGCCCAAGAAGUGCAGAGAACACCAACGGCAUUUUAAGGACGGGACUAGCAUCUCAUACUUGCAAAUCCCCCAAGAUCUCUGUUCCUAACCUAGUUCCCCAGCCCCAUUAAAAAAAAAUAUUGAAGAACACUUUUUUCCUGAACCAAACUUCAAUGUUUGCUUCACUCUUAACCCUCAAAAGGAUUUGCUUUCAGGUUGUGAAAGCAGAAGAACUCUCUGGACUCAGAGCAUCCUCCUGCGCUGCUAAGUAAGCAGGGAUGGAGGAGGAGCUCAAUUCUGUGUGCCUCUAAAGGAGAAUUUACCAAAUUUUCAAAAGAACGUGGGAGCCAAAGUGUAGCCAUCCUUUGAAAUUUGCACUUACUGUACCUGAAUUCUGCAAUUUACUUCUCCAGCCAAGUAAUGUGCAUAAAUAUAUGCACACAUAUAUUUGUGAAAAGGACAUACAAAAGCGUGUUAAAUUAGGGGAAGAUUGUUUUGCAGAAAUGUGUAAGCUAUUUGUAUGCAAAAUUGCAUACAAAAUUGUGUGUGUGUGUGUGUGUGUGUGUGUGUGUGUGUAUUAGAAGAAAUUUGCACUAGAAUGUGCAUAAAUUUACAUUAGAGCUGUGAAAAACAGACACAAUUAAAUGUGGAGAAACUGAACUUAAAAUUGGAAAAAUGAGAAAAACGAGCGACUGUUCUGUGUAUGACUCCUGAGUGUAAGGAGACAGGUACUGAGCGGCCUCGACAGACGUCCUUCUCUGAGCUCAGGUGACUGAUUCUGCUGCAUAUCUGUAUCAAGAGCGACUGAAUGUUACAAUCACACCAAUGAAGAGAAAGAGCAGAAUUAGACAGUCAAAUUGGAUGCUGAUGAUGUAAUGUGAAAACCAGAGCAGUAAAUCAUACAGAGACACAGCAUCCUAUCAACUGGUUAGCAAUAUGGUGUCACACAUUUUUAAUAUUAAAAGUUCUUGCGAUGAUAGGAGAAGAAGGUUAGGAGUAUCACACCAGCCACUGAGCUGCUUUGUGCUGAAAGCAACUUUGAAGGCUUUCUUUUCCUCCACCAGUUUCCUGUGGAGACCCACCCGUAGUUGAGAACGCCAGGCACUUUGGAAAGAAGAAAGACCGCUAUGAGAUCAACUCCAUGGUGCGGUACCAGUGCAAUCAGGGCUACAUUCAGCGCCAUCUGCCCACCAUCCGGUGUCAACCCAACGGGCACUGGGAAGAGCCACGGAUAGCCUGUAUUGAUCGUAUGUAA